AUGGCCAUAACUACUAACCCAAACCACUUUAUCUUCUUCUUCUUCCUCCUCCUCUUCCUCUUUCAAAGCUCAUCUUCUUCAUAUAUCAAUGUAGAGAGCUUCGGGGCCAAAUCGGACGGCAAGUCGGACUCCACGAGUCCGUUUCUAAAGGCAUGGUCAUCGGCAUGCGAAUCAGCAGAGGAAGCAACAAUUUACGUGCCACAGGGGAGGUUUCUGGUGAAACAAGUGACGUUCCAUGGUCCAUGCAAGAAGAAGGUCAAGUUGAGAAUUGACGGGACUAUUGUUGCUCCAAGUGAUUAUUGGUCAUUAGGGAAUUCUGGGUAUUGGAUAUUGUUCAGAAAGCUUGAUGGUGUUUCUGUCUAUGGAGAAGGCGCUCUCGAUGCAAGAGGCUCUUCUUACUGGGCUUGCAGAAAAGCUCAGAACAAUUGUCCUACCGGAGCAAGGUCAAUAUCGUUUAGUUGGGCGAGAAAUGUGGUGGUGAGUGGAAUAAGUUCAUUGAAUAGCCAAACAAUGCACAUGGCCAUUGAUCACUGCGAGAAUGUAAAAAUAGAGAAGGUAAAUAUAAGAGCACCAAGCAGAAGCCCCAACACUGAUGGAAUCAACGUUCAGUUUUCAACAGGAGUCACCAUCAGCGAUGCCAUUAUCGAAACAGGGGAUGAUUGUAUUUCCAUCAACCAGGGCUCUACCCAUCUCUGGAUUGACCACAUUGCUUGUGGCCCUGGUCAUGGCAUUAGCAUAGGGAGUUUGGGGAACUAUGAGAAGGAGGAAGGGGUUGAGAACGUGACAGUGACGAGUUCUACAUUCACAAAAACAGAUAAUGGGGUUAGAAUAAAGUCAAGGGCACAACCAAGCAAUGGAUUCACAAGAGACAUAGUUUUUAGAAACCUCAUCAUGCACAAUGUCUUCAAUCCCAUCAUUAUUGAUCAGAGAUACUGCCCUGGAGCCCCUUCUUGCCAUCAUCAGAAUUCAGGAGUGAAGAUAAGCAGCGUGAGGUACGAAGAUAUAAAGGGGACAUCAAGGAGUAAAAUGGCAAUCAACUUGGAUUGCAGCGCAAGCACUCCAUGUGAAGGAAUCACACUGCGAGACAUAAAGCUCACUUAUGCUCAUGGAUUAGAGACCUCAUUGUGUAGAAAUGCUGCCGGAACUGCCAGCGGUUAUGUCAUCCCAAAAAGUUGCUUUUGAAAGUCAUAU